AUGAAAAUAAAUAUAAAGGUUAGAUCACUGUUCUAAGAGCGCUUCAUUAAACUGCAAUCAAAAAGGAACAUUUUAACUACCAUAAUCUUUCCUUAUUUUACAAAAGUAUAGUAUUUAAAGAAUAUUACUCCUGUUAUUGGAUAUACAAUAGUAUAAAUCUACAAAGAACUCUACAAUGUGGAUGCUGAAUUGAAAUGGGUCAAUGACAUAGAGUUGAACUCAAAAAAAUCAGGUGGAAUUCUCACAGAAUCAGAAUAAAUAGGAGAUGAACUCGUAUUAUAUAUAGGAAUUGGACUUAAUGUUGAUUGGUGUAUCUAAGAUGCCGCAUGUCUUGAAUAAGUAUUAGGUAAGAAAAUAGACCAAGAAGAAUUAUUUUUGAAGGUGAGAGAAAGGGUUAUUUAAACAUUAUAUCAAUUAAAUGAAUAAGGUUUUGAGAUAUUUAGAAAUGGAAUCAAUUAAGUUCUAUAUAGGAAAGGUUAACUAUGUGAAUUUGUUAAUUCUAAAACUUUAGAAAUAGAAUAGACUGGAAUAGUGGAAGAGUUGAAUAAAGAUGGAGAUUUAGUUAUUAGGGGUUAAGAUGGAUUAACCAGAAUUAUAGAACCUAAUUAGAGAAUGAAAUUAUGA